AAACCAGACCAUUACAGAGUUCUUCAAACCAGUGGUAAAGCAAGAACUUGGUCAUAAAGACAGAACUGUGUUGUGCUCACCGGACAGAAGAAUUGUAAAAGAUGCAGGCAUCGGCCUGUCAGUUUUAUGCGCUGAACACUUUGAAAAGAAAAUAGCUUCUCCAAAGAAGGUCAGAAGAAAAAAUAUACCAGACCGAACACCAAACACAAGUCCUGUGGUAGAUGCCUUUCGGAGAGGAAUUAAGAAGAAAAAGGACAGUGUAAAUGUUUUAGAGAAUAGCAGAGCAUGCAAGGCACUGGAUUCGUUGAACCCAAAAGUUGUGAUUCAAAAACUGCUCGUUACUGCAGGAUCUCGCAGUUGUUUCUUGGCCAAAAAGAAUAAAACUGUCAAGUCAGAGCAGGGAAGAAGUGAGAAGUGUCUGAGUGUAACAAGAGCACCAUUGUCUUUUGGAAAUAGUUGGGAACAGAAAACUGACUCUAUGGAUCUAGAAGACACUAGUUCAGACUCUGACAAAUGGGAUUCAUCGUCGGAAGCUGAUGCUGGAAAAGCUUGUGCUAGAAAUAAUGGCACUGCGAACGUGUCUCUGUGCGAAAACCCAGGUCUUCCUAUGAAAUUGCCCUGCGCUCCAGCUGAUACUGAGUUUAGGUUGUCGCUGGAAGCUCUCCGCAGAGAGAGGAAGCGAAAGAAACAUAGAAUGAGACCAUCUAUGCCGCAUCCUGUAAAGCCAUUCUCAGGAACAAGUGUAUCACAUCAGAGUGACCUGGACAAGCUGGAGAAGUGGGCCCAUGUGAACUUCAGGAGACUCAACAAGGCCAAAUAUGACCCAUCUCAAGCAAAGCCAAAGCAGGUUUCGAAACAUGAGAUGUCUUCUCCAAACGCACUGAGAACAUCAUCUGAGAUGGCCGCUGAAGGGUGCACGGGGAGUGGCUAUACAUCUUCACAACUGUCAGGAGAGAUAAAAGUUGAAAGCACCUGUACGGACAAGUCCAAGUUGAACGGAAAAUCAAAAAGCAGCUUUGAUAGUGAAGAUGAGAGCUUGGAUUGCAGUUUAGGUAGUGAUGAUGACAACGAUGAAGAAGUAGAAUUCAUGCCACUGCAAGAAAGUCUUUCUUCAAGUCCCAAACCACAGGCAGGAACCGUGGAAGAAUCUUGUCUUGACAGUUUUUGUGAGGACACAGUGACUCCGUUACUGAAGCAUCAUCUUUCUAAGCCUCCUGUUGUUAGCCAGGUGUCGUACGUGAACAGCUUAGAGCAUCUCUUGAAGGAGAAAGAAGAAUCUAAGAGGGUAGAUGAACUCGAAAAGCGAUUACUGGAAGACAUACAAAGAAAGGAAAAUAAUUGUUUGGAUGGAGGAGAUGAGGAGAAUACCAGUGGACAUGAAGGUCUCUCAGAAGAACACAGGGAGAUUUUAAAGAAAUUUUCAGUAGUAGCUCAUGACAUACCUGACUAUCACCCUGGAGAAGAUAUAUUUGAUUUAUCAGCCUCUGGGAAAAUCUUCAAUCAACAUAACCUUGACUUGAGGAAUUUUUACUUCAUCCCUCAAAGUCCUGUAGAAAAGCUCCUUCUUAGUUGUGGUGUAACACAGCAGCUUUCUUUAGUUAUUAAUGGUUUUCUAAGUUCUGCUUACAAUUGUAUCUUGUGUCCCAUACCAAUUCUGAAGUGGCUUUUCCAGGUGAUGUCUUUUCAUCCUGACUACUGUGUUUCCACCCGGAUUUUAGACAGAUUGAUGGAGAUAACUCUAAGGAAUGCUUCCAUUGAUGAUGAACAAUCUAAACCAUGGAUUCCUUCUCUAGCUGACGUGUCAACUGUUUUAGUCAAUAUGGGUGUUGCGUUUCGAUCUCUCUUUCCAUUGCAGCAUCUUCAGCCCAACUUUAAUGAGUGUGAUAUUUUAAGUCAGAUGCGAGAAACAGUGAGUAAACAACAGCCAAGCGAAGACCUAACCUCUGCCGGUCCAGCCUUCUCCAGUCUACCAGAAAACAAUUUAAUUAAUGUGAUUAAGUUUCUAGAUUUCUGUACAACAGUAAUUCAGGGUGGAUAUACUGAUCAAGAAAUACUGCUGCUGCUUCUAUUACUAUUUAAAAUAAGCUUGGAGAAACAGUUAAAACAAGUUCCUCUGAUAGAUUUUCAGUGCCUUUUCGUAAAGCUUCUGAUGAGUAUCAAAGACUGGGAUACAAAGAUGCCUGAGCUUUGCCUGGUGAUGAGUGAACUCUCCAGUCAUCACCAUAAUCUCCUGUGGCUUGUUCAGUUGGUGCCCAGCUGGAUAAGUCGUGGACGGGAAGUAAGACGACGUCUUAGCCUAGUGAUAAUUUCCAACCUUCUUAAUAAAAAGCAUAUAGAAAUACCUGAUGACAGUGACAAGCAGAUGUCUCUUCUGCAUCAGUUUCUGCUGUGCAUGAAACCUUCUGAUCUACUUAAGAAGAUGAGAGAAGAUUUGGAGCAGCAGAAUGCAGGUGGAGACCACCUUCAUGCAGAGCUAGAACAGAAGGCAUACUACCUAAUCUACAUCCUCCUUCAUCUAGUCAGUGAAGCUAGUUUCUUUGAUGUUAUAAAUUCUAAUCAAAGGCAACACCUACUGAAGCUUUGCAGUGUCUUAGAUAAGCACAUAAAUUGUGGUAUUAGGGAAGAUGCAAGGCUGUUUCAUCGAAGUAAGGUUAAAAGCUUAGUUGCUAGGAUACGUGGCAAAUGGCAAGAUAUGAUACAAACCAGGCGGCCUACUCAGGGAAAAUUACAUGACUUCUGGGAGCCAGAUUCAUGA